AAAAAAACGCAAAAUAUAUAGCUUAAAAUAGUCGAGAGAGAACAAAGAGAGGACACGCGCUCGGAGUGACCGCGGAUUAGAAGAUCGAGAUCGAAGAGAACGAAAAAUCGUAUGAUCGAAUCGUGACGGAGGGGGGCGGUUAGUUGAGUCGGAAGAAGUGAGCAGACAACCGCGAGGCUGGGUGGGAGCACGAUUCGGGGCAGGACGGUGGCCUCGGCGAAGAGGCGCUUCUACCGCGCGUUGCGCUACGGCGCCGCCGGAGACUCAGACGAGGCGACGGCCGUAAUAAUGGGCGGCGGCGACGAGACUGACGAGCUCGAGACGGACGUCGUUAGCAAUGGCAGUCGGCGCAAGUCCAAGUCCAGCCUCGCCGGCAGCAGCGUCUUCGGGGCUGGCAGCGAAGCCGGGACCACCGUCGCGGGGGGCGACGAGGGUCCCGGAGGUGUGCUGGGCGGUGUGCUGCCCGAGAUCGAGGUGGCGAGCCUCAUGGAGAAGGCCAAGUUUUAUACGUCGCUGUGUCUCGGAUCGACUGCGAUACUCGCCGUGUUUGCCUUUCUCUUCGCCAUACCGUUCAUCGUCGAGCCGGCCAUCUCGACGAUCCUCGCCGAUUUCUCGCCGAGGCCUGUCGCCUGCAUCUCCACCAGCCACGUGCUCGCCGAGGGACUGAAGAACUGCUCGUGGGCUAGCUGUAGAGAGGGCUGUACGGCAGCGGUGACGAGUUGCCAUCAGAUCCGGGUGAACUACACGAAACUGACGUUCGAGGAGUUCUCGGCCAAGCCACUGGGCAGCAUACCCUGGGACGUGGUCGACACGAAGUUCUAUGUGAACGCCGAGGGCUGCGGCUACCCCGACACUGGAGUCGUUUGCUCGGAAUUCGCCAAGAAGUACGGCAACCUCAGCAACGGCAAGAUCUUUCCCUGCUACUACAGCAGGACCUACCCGGAAACCGUCGUGUCCAAAUACUCGUGGGACGAAAAUCUGCGCAACCUGAUCCUGGCGCUGACGAUACCAGUGCUGCUGUUCGUCCUAUCGCUGGCCGUGCUGUGCUACUGGUACUGCCCACCGGUGAGCAAAUCCUGCGGCGGCCCAAGCCGCGGCGGCAGCCUCAUCGACAAGUACGACUCUAGGAAGGAAGACACCCAGGCAGAGGACGACUUCGACGAGUACGAAGAGAAAUACUGACUGUUGCCCCGGGCUCACCCCCCGGCGCGGGAGUGACGCCUGCACUGGAACAACCGCUUCUACAGCUACUGCUGAUAAUGAUGACGACGAUGAUGAGGAUUGAGCGAGAAGAGCAUGUAUUGGCGCAACUUUGCCGACGCGAUAACGAUGUACAACGAAUCCGGAUGUUGUUUUAGCAAUAAGCUCACGACAGAGACUGCUUCUUGUCAUCAGGGGACUGAAGUUCAAUUUUCUUCUGGCAAUACAUUGUGAUCUUGGGAUAAUAAUCGUGUGUAUAAUCUUUCCAAAUUGACCGUCUUUAUUUCAAUUCAAAUGUGCGCGUACAACCGCAAGUCGUAUCGAGCAAAGGACAACGCAGCUUCGCAUCGCUGACGAGAGUUUUGCCUUGCCUUAUUUUUCUCGAAGCCAUACGUGUCUACGUGGCGAUCACACGCGCGCGUAUUUUUUAGUCGACUGGAAUAAAAAAAUCAAAAGUCGCAAUCGACCCUCUUACACAGAGAAAGUGACGAGUAAUUAAGUAACGCUGUGUAUCGUUAAGCUGAGAUGGGCAUAGCAUAUACGAUAUAUUUUUAAAUAGACGCUGAGGGAAUGAGAGUACAAUACUUAAAAUUAUAUUCGCAUAAUUAGCGUCGAUAAGUUUCGAGCCGUAUAAUAUAUUAUUCGUGUAUAAGCAAGUAUUAUUAAAAAUUCUCGAUUUAAUCCGUAAGUCAAUACCUAAGUAUCAAAUUAACUUCUCUCGCAUGUAUGAUUAUAUUGCCAUGAUUUUUACGAAGCAUAAACUUUCGAUUCUCGCCGCGCCGUUGAAGCAUAAAUGAGCAAAAGAAAAAAUAUAAGGAAACUCGUCGACGAUUCGCUGAUUUUUUACAAGAGGUUUUUUAAAGUUUUCAAUUAAGAUUAUUCUGUCCAUCCGCAAAAUGCUAAUAUCCGUGCAUACUAAGGACUCGAUCAUCACUCGGCGUGCGGACCACGUUAUACGCUGUGUACUUAAAUGAGCGCCGAUAACAAAAAAAUUUAGCUGAUGUGCGCCUUCCUCACUCGAGCAAAAAUCUACGAUUCACCGCGGGGUAGGCUUAUAAGCUCUCAUUUUACAAGUCGUCUGUGAGUUAUAUAAAGCGAAGACGCGACUUUUUUGCAGAAAAUAAAGUGCGGCUUAUACAUCAUGUAGGGCCAACGACAGAAUUCCGCGAUGGCGAAAGAAGAAUUUGUAUAAAAUAAGAGAAAAAUUUAUUGAGAGCGUCUCGUCGCGUCGUCGAGUUCGCGAAAGCAUCGAAUAAUUCGCAUUCUGUCCCUGUCCACGUGAUCGCAAGCUCGACGGGCGCGGGACAGUCUCUCGCUCGAAAGAAUUUCCGUAUUGUACACAUAGUUAGGUUUUAAGGGACAACAGAUAAAAAAAAAAUAAACAUACAUAAUACGUAGGUUAAGUUUUGCCUGUGAAUAUUAUUGAUAUUAUAUUAUGGUUAAAGACGUAAAAGAUGCGAUGAAUAUUGUUAACGAGAAUUUUUGUACGUGGCCGCCGCGCUGGCGCCGUGGUUUAGAGUAUGCGACGUUAUAAUAUUAUUAAAUACGUUAUAUAUGAAACUGUAGCUAGGCGAUGAUGAUGGUUUUGAUCUUUUCGUUUCUUCGUUGUAGUCUUAUUUUGACGGGAUUCGCGCGACUCGCGAGAGAUAAAGUUACCUGAAGCUUUAUGACUCUUUCACGCGUUUUGAGAUUUCUUUGACGGAUUAUGACUUGAUUUGCGCUUCGUGUGUUUGACGAUGGAUUCGUCAGUGUCGAUUUUUCUUUUGUAAACGUAAGGUAACUAAGAAUCAUGUUAUUCGAUAUGCAUUUUCAUGUGAUAUCAUGUGGUAGAAAGAAAUAAAUAGUGAAAAUUAUCCGGAACAAACUUUUCAGCUGAUAAGAAACUGUGAAACAACAUUGUGUAUAAGAUGCGAUUUAUUAUACAAAUGGACGACACAAGAAAAUAAUCGUACCGCAAGAUUUUACAUUAUCGUCGAAGCUCGUAUUUUUUAAGCAGAAAACGAACACUAUUUAUUUUUCUUUUCGCAAAUACAUGAUAAUACGUAAACAACACAAAGUGUAAUAAGAUUUAAGAUGAGGUCACUCGCGCCAUCGUGCUGGUCUAAUUUACAUAUUGUGCGUUUGCUAUACACUGUACAAUGUGCGUCGAUUUACGAUGAAUUAAAACUCGCAAAUAAUGGAAUAUGAUCGAUAUUUAUAUAAUAAUACUACGUGUCAUAAUGUUAAGGACAUCAAGUGCAUUGAUAACCUGUACAUUGAAAAAGACCGGCAUCACAUUGUAAUACUUACGUAGAACGAAUGCGAGACGAACGAAAAAAGACCUAACAAUUUAUUCGUUGGAUGUAUAUCUUGCAAAAGCGGUCAGAAAAACAUUUGCUUCCUCAAGAGUAAAGGCUUCUCAUAUUUGCACGAUCUCAAAACGGUUAAUUUUUUCCGAUUAAAAUUAUACUGGAUCUCUAAGGAAAAUCAGCUAGAAGCCUAAGCUUGACUUUGACAUGACGUAUAUUGUUCUCCAUGUAUAGUGUCGCUACUACAUAGAAUACAUAACAUUUAGUCUAAAGAUUAGGACUUAUAAGUAUCAACAUCUGGAAUCGUGUGGCGACUCUUAUCGAUUUGAAAAUCAGACCAAGAGUUCAUCUCGAUGAUUAUAACCAUUGACAAGUCGCAACGCAGAAGUAUCAUCUAGAAUGGUUGUGAAUAUCCUUAUUCGGCCUUUUCAUCCAGUAGUCCGUACGAUCAAAAUCUUUAAAAAUUUUUUUGGUAUCGACUAAAUUAAUCAAAUCGGUAAUGAGUGUUUGAUAACUCGAAUUUCGCAUGAAAUGUACACUGAAUUAAUUAUAGGAUCAGAUCAAUCAAUUGGAAUUUAUAAAUUAAUUUUCACGCUUUCAUAAUGAGAUACUUGAUCGAAUAGACUCUCGUGAUGUGGCACUCAUUCCCCAACUUGCUUGCUAUUUACUCGCAUAAAGACAAUUUAAUUCGCUAGAUGCGAACAUAGGAUAUUAAGAAAUAAAUAUUUUUCCUAAAAUAUUAAUUGCUUUGAGAGCAAGAAAAUCAUAUUAUAAUACGUUAUGAGAAUAUUGUUGGUGCAUUGAUUUAUGCGCAUAAAAAUUAUAGUAUCGAAAAAUUUCAAAGAAAUACAUUUAUUCGAGUCUACAAUCUAUUCAAAUUCCAUAUGAAGUAAUCGGUUAAUAUAAGGUACCAAAUUAGAAAAAUUUUAAAAUAUUAAGAAAUAUUAAAGCUAACUGCUGGUGACGAAACAACAUACAAGACUGAUAUGUCACCGAAACAUAAAAUAAGUAAAAACGAUUUGAUUAUCGAGUCAUAUAAACGGAUAUGCAUAUAUGGUAUAGUGAAAUUACGAAUAAUAAAAUAUCAGAGACACGAAAUAAAUAGGUUAAAUAAAUUCUAUCAAAUUACAUUCGGUUGAUUUUUUAUCGUGCACGAGGUAUCGUUGAAAUUAAAAAUAUUACUCUCGAUGAAUCCGAACAUUUUAAAAAGCAAUAUCGGUAAUUACAAAUUAAUAUUUUAAUCUUAUAGCACUGUUAGAUUUCGUUCGGGCAAAAUUGAACAUUCGAGUAUACUUUGGGUUCUCAUAUGCAUGAUUAGAGUACCACUUAGUUCCUUCAUUUCACUUUAAGUCUUUGAAGAUAGGUUGAAAUAAAAUAUAUAUAAAAAAAUUUAAAAAACCUUGAUUUUCGUUACAAAACACACAGCGAUAUGAAUUAUUCGAGACACAAAAAAAGAGCAGGAAAAUCUGUAACAUUUAUAUACUUACAUUGUAAAAAAGCAACUAAAACAAUAAAAUUAAUGUUAAAUCAUCGACUAAUAUUUAAGAUUUAUAAAAACGACGAGCUUGUAUAAAUGUCGCAAAUUUUUCGAACAAUCGCGCGCAACACCAGCAUCGAUUCCCCAAAAACUAUAUGAAAAGCAAAAAUAUAUAAAAAAUAAGCAUAAUACAAGUAUCUAAACUUCGUACAUCUAUUGUAAACAAGCCCGUAAUCAAAGGCUAUAGUAAAAAAUUACCGCAAACGAAUCAAUACACGUCUCGUAAAUCUUCGAUUAUUCUUCAAAGUCCACGGUAUACGUCGAAAAGCCGGCGAUUUUAUAUAAGGCACUCACACUCACUUAUACUCACUCAGCAGACAAUCUCCGCCGUCGAAGCGACGAACAAAAAAUGUAAAACUUAAAUAGUUACGAUGUCCGUGUGACGAAUGGCUGGAACGUGUCGUAUCGCUCGUUUCACACUUCUUUCGUCUUUCUCUCCCCAUAAACGACGAGAAGUAAAACAUCGUGAAAUUUCGAUCUCCGCGAAUGUGAAAACUAUUUACGCCGAAAAGAUUCCGAUCGUCGACGAACGUAGUCUCGUUUUAGUGCCAAGAAUCAAUAAACGAAAUAAGAAGUCGACACCAGCAGAGGAAGUCGAAAUUGCGAUAGGUGCAGCUCUGGAAUAGAGAGAAGGAAGUUCGCGCGCAAAUAUAGGCGAGAGGAAAUUUACGUUAAUUUCGGCUUCGUUGAUUUUUAUUUAGGCGGCAGCUCGAACAGGCUCGCGCGUUAUUAUACGCGAAGUGAUUGUUUACAUUGAAGUGCAUGUUUCCCGUUUCAGUAGCACAAAGCUUGUUAACUUUUACGUAGGCUUAAGUGAUUUGAUAAAUAUUCUAGGAUACUCGUUUUUUACUCGAAAGAUUACUGUCUUCGUUUCGUAAUCUACUUAGCUAUAUUUGAAAUUUUUUCCAAGCAAACGAACGAACUUGAGAAGUGUGAAAAUUGUUGUUUCGCGCACUUAUAGUUUGAAACGAAGGCAAUAUUUUCGUCGCACUCGCGCACGCACCAUCGGUAUGUUUUAUCUCGGAAUUUCGAACGCGCGUCCUCUCUCAAGUGAAUUUCGUCGUUUGCGUUUCAUAUAUUGUCGAUACGAUACGCUUGUAAGUCUAGGACGCUUAUUUCUUCCUAAAGGUAUAAAUAUAGCAUGUAAUCGUCGGAUUGCAAAAAUUUCAUCGAAAACACACACAGACACAGACACACAUUAAAAAAAGGACUGUUCAGCUUACUGCGUAUACAGUUUAACGCAUAUGAAAAUGAGAAGUACGAAACUUGUGUAAGACGACUCUCGAAUUAAUGCUGUACAUACGAAUCAAUGUUCUAUACAUCUUGUCCUUUGAGAGGAAAAUUAUUGUAAAUAAUGCCAUUGUACAUCUUCAUUUAAAAUAUAGUAAAACGUUUUUCCGUUAA